AUGUCAAAGUGGGCUGAUCUUCCUGGUGAUGUCUUCUUCCAAAUAAUGUGUCGACUAUUUUCAGAUGAUAUCAUCAUCUCCAGUGCUGUGUGCAAGUCAUGGCACUCACUCCUUAAUUCAGUGGGGAAACUCCCAUUACCUCCUAGUUGUCCUUGGCUUAUGCUUGCAGAGGAAAGCGAACAAAGUGAUAAAAUCAAUGACGAAGAAAGUAGGACGCGUGACUUCUUCAACUUACGAAAUGAUAAAGUUCACAAUUUCAAGCUGCCUGAGGUUGCUGGAAGACGAUGCUUUGGAGCAUCUUUUGGAUGGUUGCUCACUAUAGGAACCGAUUUACAGAUCAACCUGUUGCAUCCGUUCUCUAAAUACCUAUUAUGUCUUCCACCCGUAGCUACCUUUCGCUGUCAGUAUGAAUUCAAAGUCACGCCUGAACGUCUUCGUAGAAUGUUUCUUAAAAAGGUUGUUUUGUCAAGGAGUCCUUGGAACCCAGCAACUCGUGAAUGCGAUUGUGAUUGCGUAGUCAUGGUAAUCUAUGGUGAAUAUCAGCAAUUGGCCUUCACUAGACCAGGAUAUAAAGCUUGGGUGGAUAUAACAAAUACUCGAAAACGCUAUGCUGACAUUGCAUUCUACAAGGGUAAGUUUUAUGCUGUACAUUUCGAUGGUACACUUGUUGUUUGUCGCAUUGAUGAUAACAAAAAGCUCAAGGCUAAAGUUGUUGCGCCUCCUCCAGAAGAAAUCAAUUUGAAAAUCCAAAUUCAUAUCCAAAAGUAUAUUGUUGAAUCAUCAGGAGACCUUUUGUUUGUUACACGCUUUCGGGGAGGUCAAUUUUAUUCUAGGUUAAAUGACUUUUCUUAUGAAGAGGACUCCGACUCAGACUCUGAUUACAGUGAAAGUGAAUCCAGUGAUGAAGACUCUGAAGAUGAUUUUGAGAAUGAGGACUCUGAGAAUGCAGUUGAGGAUGAGGACUCUAAAGAUGAAUCUGAUGAAGAAGGACUUGCUAAAAAUGAUAACCCUUAUGUGACAAUUGGGUUCACAGUUCAAAAAUUAAAAAGAUGUACUCAAGAGGGAAGUAUAUUUAAAUACAAAUGGGUGAAGGUUGAUAGCUUGGGUGAUCAAGCAUUGUUUGUGGGUAACAGUUCAUCAUUGUCAUUGACUGCAUCGAGCCUCAAUGGAAUCAAACCUAAUUGUAUCUAUUUUACUGAUGACGAUUUAACCCAUUUUAAUUGUACCCGUAAUGGUGGAGGGUUUGACAUGGGCGUGUACAGAAUGGAAGAUGCCAGUUUUAUGCCACAUUACUCGGGCCAAUCCCUUUCCUUCUUUUGUUCCCCACUUUGGUACAUGUGA